CGGACGUGCCCGCUCCCACAAUGCCCGGCGGGACCCGCGCGCCGCCGCCCCGCUGCCCAGAUAGCUCAACAUGAACUUUAACCAUCGAGAUAAUUUAAAAAGUGAACAGAAUAAUAUCUUUUCUUCUGAGAGCUGUCCACGGGACUCUGGGUUUCUCCUGCAGAGCAGUCCUGUUCACUGCCUUUUCCUGAAACAGGACAUGGAGCUACGUUCCUUUCUUCAUGUUCGGCGCUAACAAAGUUUWUUUUUUUCAUCAGAGGAAAUGCAGAUCCAUAAAAUUACAUUUUGUGCAAGUUKUCGCUAAUUCUGUUGGCAAUGUCUAUGAUUUUAUCUGCCUCUGUGGUCCGUGUGAGGGAUGGACUCCCACUGUCUGCAUCGACUGAUUAUGAGCAGAGCACGGGAAUGCAAGAAUGUAGAAAAUAUUUUAAAAUGCUCUCAAAAAAACUUUCUCAACUUCCUGAUAGAUGUACUCUGAAAACUGGACAGUAUAAUAUAAACUUUAUAAGUUCUCUGGGAGUGAGCUAUAUGAUGUUGUGCACUGAAAAUUAUCCCAGUGUCCUGGCAUUCUGCUUCCUGGAUGAGCUUCAGAAAGAGUUCAUCACUACCUACAAUAUGAUGAAGACAAAUACUGCUAUCAGACCAUACUGUUUUAUAGAGUUUGACAAUUUCAUUCAGAGGACCAAACAGAGAUAUAACAACACACGUUCUCUGUCCACAAAGAUGAAUCUUGCUGACAUGCAGACAGAAAUCAAACUGAGACCACCGUAUCAAAUUUCUGUGUCAGAACUUGGUUCAGCCAAUGGGUUUUCACAUAUAUCUGUGGGGGAGUAUAAGGGUACUGGUAAGAUAUCUGCAGCUCCUCAUCAGCGUCUGGAGCCUGUGACUCUGCCAGGAAUUGUCUCAUUUGUGCUUAGUCUGUUAUGUGGAGCUUUGAAUUUAAUCCGUGGCUUCCAUGCCAUAGAAAGCCUUCUCCAGAAUGAAGGUGAAGAUUUCAGCUACGUUAUUGCAUUUUUUCUUGGAACGGCAGCCUGUUUGUACCAGUGUUACCUGUUUGUGUACUACACAGGCUGGAGGAAUGCCAAAUCCUUCCUGACUUUUGGGUUGAUCUGCCUGUGUAACAUGUACCUGUAUGAACUGCGCAACCUGUGGCAGCUCUUCUUCCAUGUGACUGUGGGAGCUUUUUCUACCUUACAAAUCCGACUGCGACAACCCCAGGGAAAAUCCCCUGAUUACAACGUCUGACAAGUCCUGGAACACUGAGACAGAGUCUCGUUCCAAUAGUUACUCUCAGGAAUGUAAAGCUGUUCUCCAAAAGAAGAAGCUGUCUGGAUGGGGCUUUUUUUUUUAAUAAGUCAAUGUAAGAUGCCUGUGGACAUUUUGCACUUGGUGGUUGAACCUUUUUUUUAAUUAUUUUUUUAUUUUCUUGAAAAGGACACAAAAGUAUAUGGGACUCGGGGAGGAAAAAGGAGCAUAUCCAUGCAGUGAAAUGUAUGCAGGGACACCAAUUUUGUGGAGUAUGACUGGUGGCAUAAAAAUGCUUCAUUCAUACAUCCAUGGAGGUAAUCUGUUAUGGAAUUAUCUGAUGUUACCAGAUGAUCGAUCACAUUAUCUGAUGAUAAAGUGGAAACACAUUUGUUAAUGGAGGAAUGUGUAGAGUAUCUUCUGCAUAUCAUGCAAGCUUUUCACUUCCAAGGUCAGUUUUGCCUUUGUGAGGCAGUAGGGAAUAGGCUAAAWCAGUAAUAAUAAUGCUAUUGCAUAUUAGCAAACUAGAUGUGGAAUAUGUAAGAUACUAAAUUUUGGAAUGUUUUGUUUCACAUUGACAAAUAUGUGAAUGUUUUCUUAAUUAAAAUGUAACCUGGAGACUCAGUUUCCGGGGAUCGGCAUCAGCCGUGGCGCUCUGUCUUGUGCUACAAGUUCUUUAAUUGUGUUUUCAUUUAUGAUUUCCUUUUAAUUAUUCUUUGAAAGUGAUUUAUGUAGAUAGGGUUCAUUUUAURUAAUUAUUCAAAAAGUUCUGUCACAUAAUCCAGGAUUCUUGUAYGCCUCAUGUGUUCGGACUCUGGAAGGGUUGAAAGAGAACGGAUUGGUGAGUAAAUGGAGUGACUUGUACUUGUUGGAAUACUGUUCRUCUUUUUAUAUGUUCUUCCUUACAUUCAGAAAUGGAUGAAUAAUUAGCUUAAAUCUGAGAUAUAAAUGAUUGGUAACAGGAAAAUAAUAAAUCAGUCUGAUUAGCUUAAACAAGAAAUACAGGGAUUGUGUUGAUCCUUCUAGCUUUAUGGGUUGAAUGUUUUGUGUGCUGGGAUAAAACCUCUGAUCUACACGUGUGUUUGAGAGAACCACUGUAUGCUCCAAAAGCUGGUGAAUCAUUAGCAAACCCCAAACAACCAAAGAGUACCACCAUCGCUUACACCGAGGUUUUAUUUUUGUAUGACGGUUAUUUGUGAUGUUUAAUAAUGUACACAUAGAUGGCUUUUAUCUUUAAGUUGUAAUCAAGCCUUAAUGGCAGGGAGGUUGCUCUUGCUCUUGUUUUGCUGGAUUUGGGAACUGGCAGAGCUUUGCUGUGCUAUGAAAGUGGUGGUCCAGGCAAAUUUUCUUGGGCAUUUAAUAUCARAAUGUUACGUUUUUAAAUAAGUUAUUUAGUGUUGUAUUUUAUGACCACGAAGAAAGAAACUGGAUAUCUUAUUUUCCUUUUGAGUAGAUGGGGAAUUAGUUAUGAAAAUUGUGCAUAAUAGAAUCAAGAAGAAUUAGAGAAUGAAACUGCAAUGGGAAGUGAACAAGUGGGUCUCAUACUGCUGUCUGAGGUGAAGCCCUUGGAGACUCUUUGGUAUGCAGGCUGCAGGUUUGGUGCUUUGCAGUUAAUUCCCUUCCCUCUCUCCCCACUUUGAGAAGGAGGAGAAGAAGGUGUUCAUGAACAUGAGCAGCAAACAGCCUUUACUUUGCAUCAAGAAUUGCUGGUAUUAGCAUUCAGUGCACCUUUCUGAAAAGGUGAAGAGCAGUCCUUUACCAUUUAAAAUCAGAUUAAAAGGUAGAGCUGUUAUGUUCUAACUAUAAAACCAGGUUUUAUUUUGCUAGCAUCUAGAAGAAUCCUUCACCUGUCUUUUCCCCUCCAUUGAUAGGCUGGGAAGCUACUAUGGAUGCCUGAAGUACUGCCUGAUUUUUAACUCUGGUUGUUGUGCACRUAUAGAAUUUUCUGUUGUAACACUUUUUCAGUUUAUAGGUUGGCAGAGAAUUUUGUUUUCUCKGAGGCACCUUCCCUUCCUGCUGUUMCUAAAGAUAUAUUUUUAAGGAAUGAAAACUUCCUUUGUCAUAGCACCUGGAGCCAUUAUUCCAUUCCAGUUAUGCUGACAUUAAACUAAUUUCUGAUUAGCAGGUAUAAUGAACAAGUGCAACUGUCAAUGUAACAGAAAACAGUCGGGGUUUUGUUUUCUUGUUUUUAUAGCACUGAUAAAAAUCCCAUUUCACAAUGAAAAGUUAAUGAGCAUGGCUGKUCUUCAUUAUGUGGUAUUACUAGGUGCUAAAAACAUGGCUUCCUAGCAUGUUUGAGACUGUAAUAUUAGAACUUGCUGACAUUUGGUGUGAGAUGAGAACCAAGAUACAGCAGGCCAUUCUGGAGGUGAAAAUUAAUUGAAAAUUUCCAGGAUUUCCUAUUUGCUUAUACAAACUCAACACUCAGAACAGGGGUUUCCCUGCUGAUUUUACCAGGUACUUGAGUUACCAGACUUAGGAAGGUGAACUCAGGAGUGUUGAUUGCUCUCUUGAACCACAGACUUGGCUUUAGUUUGAAUUGCAGAAGGCCCUUCCAUGGUCGCUCAAUUGUUGUGUCGGUUUUAAUAAGUUCAGAGCCCAUUUCAUGCUGUAUUUAUAAAGGAAGACCUCUGGAAGGUUGGAAUGGGUUCAUCCAAMACCCACAAAAGCAGAUUUAUCUUUGAAUAAGGUGUCACUGUUUAUAUUUGCUUUCAGGAAGGAAUGACCAAAGUCUUGACUGACUUACACAAGGUACRUAUAUAAUGCUGUUUCCAGUAGAUGGCAAUAGUUAUUUGCAUCUGAAAUUCUGUUUAAAGGAUUUCUGGGACCAGCUGCUUACAGGGAAACUCGCUCGAGCUGAUCUCCUGUGGAGCUUUCAUCAGAAUGSCAGUGCUGUGCCUGCCCCAGCUGAGCAUCUCAGUGCUGGGCUCUCCUUGCUGCGGUAACUCCCACCUGGCACCCCCCACCCCUUUCCCAGGGAGCCACGGGACCAGGCUGGGGCCGGGCACUGAGAGGUGCCCAGGGACAUAAAUUUAAAAAUAUGACUCUGCUUUUUACAGGCAACUGCCUGGCUCCCAAAUGGCAGGAGAGUGUUGCUGCUUCUGCCCUCCAUCCUGCUUGAAAUUAAAUUUUCUCAGCCCUUGCCACCACCUCUGCAGAGCCUUUUUGCUCCUGCAGUUGAAAGGUCAUGGGCAGAGAGAUUCAAGAGCAUGGAAACUUGAGUUUUUUCAACUUAAAACAGCUGAGCUGCCCCUUUCCCAGUAGCAUGCCUUGCUCUGUGACAACUCCUGAACUUCAGUCUAGAAGUAAUGGUGCCCUGAGGAGCAGUUGRGAAGCUUAAGAGAAUGAAAAUAUUUGCCUCUGGGCAUACUUUUCGGCCAGAUGCUGGUGUCCGUGGAUGUUGUGUAACACCUUAACAGCCAGGCCAGGGAUAUUUGCAAUUCAGGACACRCAUGUAAGAAAUUCAGUGUGCCCCAAAUCUAUAAUUUUAUUAAAUGCAGGCAGAUAGUUGUCGUAGCCAGAUCUGUGUUGGGGAGAAGUGGCUAAACACCUUAAAAUUCACCAAAAUGCUUUCUGGGUGGGAAAAAGAUGCAUUUGGGGAAAACUAUUCAGCCAGUCAGUGUACAGUAACUGAAAUGAGAGGGCACAGCAUUGGAGACUCCUGCCUUUUCUCCCCUGGGAAAUAACCUUCUCCAGAUAGUUAAAAAAAUAUUUGCUUACAUCAGGCAAUGUUCUAAACUGCUGUUUGUAUGAUUAUUUAGGAGAGCAUAGGAAAUAUUAAAUAGUUUUCCACCAACUUUGGUAAAGACAGAUACCUUAAAUACUUCAUGGCUUUUUGUUCCUGCAGCUGUGUUCUCAGUCCACUUAUAAAAUCCYUCCUAACCAAUAACACAUUGUAGGGCAUUUGGUUCUUAGCUGUCUGAGUAGUGUCUUCUCAACUAAAAGAAGUCAGCUGGAAGCKGCAGGGUUUUGUUUCUCAGCGCUACCUCAGGCUCCUGUUAAUUGGUACUGUCAUGUGUAGCACUUACUUUUACCUGUAAAGAUUGAAAAUGUCGCAUUGGCAGCAGUGCUGCCUCCUUCCAGUGUCCUUGAGAGGACAAAUACUGAGGUACCUGGGGAAUUCUUUGGCAAAGGUGAUGUGCUUUUUAAAAUACAAACUUUUCUUUUUUUUUUUAAACAGGAUGCACACACAUAAAUUUAAGCUGUUCAAUUAUGCCAGURUAUUUUGUCAGCUGCCCUGAGACUGACUCCAAGGGCAGUGGGUGCACAAGCAGGACCCAGGGGGUGUUUGCUGUGCAGCCAAGCCCUUGGGUCUCUGCACAGGACCAGGGCAUCCAUCACUGCCAGAYAAGAUGUGGAUGUUUCUAUUUGCAGAUCCAGCAUCUCCUACACAACUUCCAUCUGAUCCCACCAGCCAGAUGCAGCUAAAAUAAAACAGAGACACUUUACCAGUGAAACAGUGUUUAAUAUAGUUAAAUUACUUAAAUAGAUUUCAAUUUCCAUGGGAAAUCAUAACUGUAUCCAUUUUUGCAAGAUCCAGAGUAAAGAGUGUGUGAAUACCCCUUGAAAUGAUCAUGACACACUGUCAACAAUCACAGCUAGAGAUACUGGGGACUUGAAAUUUCAUUGACAACACAACUUCAUAAGAUGAAUCAAAAGUUAAGAAGACUGCAGACUUGCAGAAAGCAAACCUAAAACCAAGUGUAUGGCAUGAAGGAAAUGAAACUCGGUGAGGGACAAAGGGGAYGGGAGGUGGAAGAAGGGGAGAAAGGCAUAACAGCGUGAUGCAACUUAAGUAUUUUGCAAACCAGGAAAGAUGUAAAGGAGCAAAAGUAUAGUACAAGGGCAGACUUGGCAGUUUUACAGAAGUCAACAUACUAUACUUUUCAGARAUGUUUCCUAGUGGAAGGGAGACGGGAAGGGGCAAUGCCAUUUAAGCUCAUGUUUAAAUGGCUUAAUGCUCAGGUCAUGCUUAGCAAUAGAGCAAAUUAAUUAAGACAGGCCCAUGGAGUUUCACUUAUUGUCGAGUAGGAAAAAGAACUCACCAUCACCAUAGUGCAAUCAUUAUGCUGUUAGUACUAUAAUAAUUCUGCCCUGAGAAGAGUGGAAAACAAGUUUAUUAAAUGUCAAAAGAUUGGAGUAAUUUUUAGUGCUAGCCAAAUUCAAUAUCAAAACUUCCCCCUCACAGAAUAUAAAAAAUAUAGCUUUUUUUAAAUUAUUUUCUUUUUUUAAUAAAAUAUCAAGGGAUUUUUCUUUAAUAGUUAGAAAAGGUACAUAAAUGAUAACAGUGAACUAUUCAGAAACCCCCCACUAGUGAUAAAGAUGCCCAACACAGUAUCAAUGGCACUAUUUUAAGGUUGAUCACCUCAUAUACACACUUGCCAUCAUAAUCUUUUUUGAAGAUCACCUAAUUCCUGAAAAUUGAAAAUCUGUGAAUCRGUUUAAAUAAGUGCUUACUACAGGAAAAUCAACUUGAUGCUGCAGCACAUAGUUCCUUGUAAUGUCACAUGGCAGUUACAAUGUCAGACAACUCUCAGAUCAGCAGGAUUCUAUUAAGACCAUCUAUGAAAAAUGAUUUUUUAAAAAUAAAAGUUCAAAUGAGCUUUUUUUCAUUUUCUCACAAGAGCUCCUGUUAAGAGUUAGAAGAUUUGGUUAGAGCUCUUUUGACAUGUUUGAUAUCGUCUCAGUAGCUAAAACUCAAAGGUCCCGUUUCCAUUGGGAAGAUGCUGGAAUGCUGCACRGAACAACUCUGUGACUACUGCGGGUUUUUCCUCUUCUUUGAGGUUGUAGAUUUUUCUGGAUUUUCAUUUUAAAAUGCAUCUGAUUCAGCCUGGAAACUCACCUGGUUGUUGUUGGUUGAUUGUAUAGUGAUAAUCUGAAAACUGCCAAGUCUGUGUUCAGAGUAUUAUGCAGAAAAAAUUACACAAAAGUUUACAGGUUAUAUACACCUCCCCCCACACCUCGGUGUGGACAGCCUGCCUACUAAUUUGUAUAUAAUUUACAAAAUAUAGAAUUUGGUAUAUCUGUUAGAUCUCCGUGUUUUCAAUAUUACAAAAUAAAAAAUACAAAAAAACCCACAACAAGUUUCAGGGGAGUUAUCCCCACAAAGUGUCUCUUGUUUACAUCUAGUCUUUCCCAUGUAAACUGAUAGAUACCAAAGAAGAGCACAGACGACUUUUUAAUAAAUAUGGUUGUAGAGCCAUCUUCCUUUAUCUUGAUCUUCCCCUUCAUCAGGUGUGCCAGCCCCACUCAGAAGAGCAGUCAUUUAACCAUGGAGAAGAAGGGAAAAGAGGGGGCCAAGGCUAUAAUGUUUUUUCACACUAGAACAUUACCAAUGCCCUUCUAAAAGGCCUUUUUGUGUGCUGCAACAGUGGGUGUCAGUUUUGAAAGCCCAUUCAAAACAGCUAAUAAAAGCACAGUGGUACACUUCAAAUAGCUGGCAGUAUGGGAUGGAAACAUCAUGGGAGUGCAAAUCCAUUCCAAAAUAAUGCUUUGUAGUGAAUCAUACAUUCCUUCAACCAAGUAAAUGUUGUGUUGCGUCAAUAAAUACUUAAAUAGCUUCUUUUGCCAUCCUGUGGUAGCAGCCUUUCAAAAAAUGCCGAAUUCAUGUCUUAUCUGUGAACACUGUAGUGCACAUCUUUGGUCAACUUAGCACUGGGCCAGGAACAACUCCAAGGUGAUUUCUUUCUCUUGCCUUUCAUGAUGGGUGGCCAAAGAAUUUGCUGAUACCAGGUCUAGAGUCAUGGGGUGAAAUUUCAGCUGCGCCGCAUGUUCAGCUUCAYUGCCAAAAAAUGAUUCUUCUCCAAUUCACAAUCCUGGGUAAUGUAAAAUCCGUCUUUGUGUGGCGCUGCAGUCAGUGCUAACUGAUUGGAGGCCCUUCAUUUAGAAAGUAG